AUGAGCUCAGAAAUUAGCAAAGCAGAUAUUAGGGCGCUCGCGACCAAGUUUGUGCCGCAAAUAGAGCAGGUUUAUGCUUGCACCAAUCAAGGAAUCGACGAGUCCAAAUUGCUAGGGGAGCUACUAAAACUCAUUGAUAAAAUCCCCAAAGAUGAGCACCUGUUUUGCGACGAAACAUUCAGACCGGUGUCAGUUUUUUGUCUUACCCUUUUUUCAUUCAGCAAUCAGGGCACCGUAUCUUGGCUGAAGGGAAGAUUCGACCCUGUGCUUUCUCGGUGCAAAGCGUGUAUUUUACAUUUUACGCAAGGAAAAUGCAAAAUGUUGCAACAUUUCUCUGUUCUGAGAAAAGUUCCUUACGAGCAUGUUACCAAAUUCAAUAACAUUGUGUCCUUGUGGAGGGCGGAAGCUUUGCUGCCUGUUUUACGCGGAAUAUCCAUCAACAACAACACAGAUGUUCACCUCACUGAAGCCAUUGAGCUGGCACUUUACGAGUGUCUAUGCAAUCCUCAAGUUCUCAGAACUAACGAACAGCUGAAGAUUGCAUUCGAUGCAAUUUUUAAGUUCCUUUACAAUUCACAUCAUACUUUUCUUGAAAUUCAAGAGACAAAAGGCGCCUUCGAGCACGUACCCGCCGGUCUCAUGUACUGCUGGUUUGAGGGUAACAAUGAAGAAGUUCUAUGGGCCCAAAGCUAUAUUCGCUUUUUGAGGAAAACAAACUUUACCUUCAACAAGGAUAAUUUUACACAAGACCUUUUGGAGGAAAUCAACGUUCAUUUUCUGUACCUACAAAACUCGAGCAACUUUCAUGAGGCAUUGGUCUCUCAUUUUUGGUCCAAGUUUAUCCCGGUGUUUUGUCUCUUGAGCUCCCCAAUAAUCGAAGAAUACCUUAUUGUUCCUCCGAACCUGGAGUCACUACGUCAGUCUAUCCGCCAUCCAAUAGAGCCUAUUUAUAAACUGUGGUAUCGUCAUCUGGCACACCUUUUCCGAGAGAAGCCAUUAGACAUGUUGUUAAGGGCUUUGAAAGUACUAGUGGAAAAGGCUGAAGGGCGUUUCUGGGUCAUUCUUGAACCUUUCACAUUUCACAGCGUGUUGGAGUUGAUAUUUGAAAAAAAUACAUUUUCCAACAUCUUAACCAAGCUGCAAGACAAAGAUCUCUCUUCAAAUGAUUUUGAGGCGCUUUUGUUCCCCACAACUUCUCUGACAGAUCUCGUUUCCUGGACCCUUCCAUUCUUUUAUUCUUUAUCACCUUCUAAAAGGAUACAAAUGGUAAAAAAGGUCUCGAUUGCAUUUUUCCGUAUAAUCUCCAAUCAUCAAACACUAAAAACAAUUCCAAAGGCAUGUUUAAUGAAUUCUUCAACUGCGCUAUUGAGCGCUGUUCUAGCUGUAACAGAAGAGGAGAGAUCAAUGUUGUAUUCCAAUGAGAGCUUCGAGACUGUUUUGUUCACUAAGUUAGAUUCUCGGGCGCUUUUAAACAACGAAAUGGUCUUGGAUUUGGUGGUCCGAUCUGCAACUGAUGCUAACAUGCAUCCUGGAGUUGGACAGUUAACAAGUUCAGUUUCUUAUUCAUCGAUGAAAGUCCUAGCUCAUUGUAUUGAUUAUGAUAUCCUUAUCCUUUGUCAAGCUUCUUACAGACUGUAUCGGGGAGAAAAAGCUAACGACGUCAAGGUGACUACAAACUUGCUUUCCAGAGUUGUACAGAGCCUUGAUCUCACUCACUCACAAGACGCCUCGCGAUUAGCAUCGUUGCUUUUGUCAUCUAUGCAAAACGUCAACGGGCUUCUCAAACCUAAAACUGCUGGUUCGCCAACAAAUGAGCACAACAGCUUUAUAGGCGUUUAUGUCGAUCUUCUCAAGAAUCUCCUUAUCAAGAUCACAGAUAUUCUACCGUCCCAACUCACAAAAGUUCUUUUGGAUGAAAACGCUUCACGAGGCUUUUGGUCAUGUAUUUUCACAUCUGACGUUGAACUCUAUCAGACUGCGACAAACAUCCUUUACGAAACGUUCGACGUUGAGGGCAGAUUAGAGGGAAUUCAAGAGAUGUUCACCAGGAGCUUGGAUUAUAGCUUGAGUUCCGUCAAUAUGGUUUUGUCUCAAUUGAUAAAAAAUGAGUUUUUUGAGCCAUGCCCCAGAGCCAUAAGAGUAUUAAUGGACAUUAUCACAGCGUUCUCUGAUCCAGUCAAUGGAAUAUUUGCCAAUUACAAAUCAAUGAAGAACGAAAACACUGAUAGAGUACUUCGCAAAUUCUGGACAUUGUCCUGGGAUUUCUUAAAUAUGAUCUAUCGAGCAACCCUCGGUUGGGCUUCCAAACACCCAUAUUCGGAAUUGGAAAACUUCACAAAAGACACCUUGGAUACUAGUCUGUCGCUUCUAGAUGCAUGCAGGGAAUUUUCCGAAGCAUUGACGCCGAGCAGUGGGGCCGAUCAGUCAAACGAUCUUUUACAAAAUGUGCUCAACACGUUUCAAGACAUGCUGUAUUGGCUAAGGCUGAGUGAUGAAUAUUUAUUAGCAUCAUGUGUGAAGCUAGUCGUUCGGGCAGCAGAUCUUGCAAUAGAAAAAGAACUACGGUUUGACGAUAGCCUAGUAGCAACGAUGGCAAAAUAUGCCUCAAAAGCAAGGAAGUUUUCUAACAAGUUAACCGCCCAGCAAUCUCAAGAACUUCUUUCGAGAGCCAAAGGCUUUAAUGACAGUCUGGUAGAGAAAGUAGUCGGAGAAGCUGACUUUUAUCACAAAGAAAAGGACAAAAUUAAAAGCGUUAAAGAAAGUGAUUCACAGUCAAUUUCAGCCCAAAGCUUGAGCACAAAGCUCUCGAACCAGUCCAGGCCGCCUACCACAGAGUCCAGAGCCGACUUCCUUCAAAGAAAAGCUAUGUCUUCCUCCAUAAUGGGAAGACCUAAAAGUCAAUCGAAGAUAACAUCAUUUGGUACACUCAGACCAGGAAUGGCGCCGAAGGCUAAAGAACCCUUGAAGGCUCCAACUUCUAAGUUGGAAUUAGCUAGGAGACAGUUACUCGCGAAUAGAACAGUGCAUCCGCCAAGCUCUAGCGUUUUCCACUCAAGAAAGCCUCAGCCACAACAAACAAAUUCAGCAGAUAGUAGUGACGAGAGCGAGGGAGAUUUAGAGGACGCCAAAGAGCUCUUCUCUUUAUCGAAGCCAAAAGAGCGCAGCACACCGAUAGUAUUGGACAUCAAUGGGAAGCCAAUUCAGAAGUCCAGCAGCGCUCAGCGCAAGAAGCAAGAAGAAGAAAACAUGAGAAGAAGAUUAAAUGUUGAUCUUAAUCCGUUCUACAGAGACGUUCUACAGUGGAACUACACAAAUACUGGAGAGUACCCAUCAGGCUCUAAUGACUAUAGGUAUGAAGAUAUCAAGGAUGCUUUUCGAUCAGCGGAAGAAUAUCAAAGGAUCAUGAAGCCCCUUCUACUUCUAGAAUGCUGGCAGGGCCUAUGCGCUGCUCGGGACAGGGAAGAAAACAAACCCUUUAGUAUUGUGGUUGGUAAUAGAACGGCAGUUUCGGACUUUUAUGAAGUGUAUGCUUCUGUCAGCAAACGAAUGGUUCAAGAAGCGGGCAUAACGGAUUCUGACUUGCUUGUCUUGUCAUUCAUUCCUGGUGUUAGAUCGGCGGGCGACUUGAGGUCAGACGACUUUAAAACCGCUGAAAACACCUGUUUAGCCAAAGUUUGGGGUCUCAAAAACAACAAAGGUGACAAUAUGGACCUAACCCUUAGAAUUGAUAGAAGCCAUCGCUUUAGUAGGUUUUUGACACUACGCGCUGAAAUUUUUGCUGUCAAGGUUAUGCAAAUGACCACCGUUGAAAGAGAGUAUACUUCAUUGGUUGGCCUUCCAUUUUAUGACCUUGUUGGCCAAAUUGUUAGUGGUAAACCGACACCCCAUCACCCCGUCAACAGCGGCCAAAUUGAAGACGUAAAAGCCAAGUACAAGCUCAACAAUUCCCAGGCAGAGGCGAUUGUUAGUACUGUUUCUUGCGAAGGUUUUUCAUUAAUCCAGGGCCCCCCCGGUACAGGAAAAACGAAAACGAUAUUGGGCAUUGUUGGCUACACUUUAAGCACUCAAAAAGCUUUGCCUCCAGGAGUAAUAAAGCAACCACUGGAUGCUGUGGCAUCUUCUACAGAGCAGCUUUUGCUCAAACAGAAAGUUUUGAUAUGUGCGCCAAGUAACGCAGCAGUCGAUGAAUUAGUGUUGAGACUUAAGUUGGGGGUUUUUGAUAAGAGCGGAAGGCUCUUUCAACCAAAACUUGUUAGAAUCGGCCGCCCCGAUGCUGUAAAUGCGGCUAUAAGGGAUUUGACCCUAGAGGAGCAAGUGGAAAAGAGGCUUAAUGGCAAAAACUACGAGUUUGCCAGCAAUCCGGACUUGGAAAAAAACCUGCAAGCGGCUAUCGGCGAGCGGCGCCAAUUGAGGCACAAGCUCGAUAAUGAGGACGGAUCUGCAGGUAGUACAUUGUCUACCGAUGACAUAACUAAGAUUCAGUUGAGUAUAAGGGAGCUCAGUCGGAAGAUUAAUGAACUGGGCAAGCAAAAAGACGAGAUACGAGAGAAAAACUCAGUAAACUUUAGAAACAGGGAAGUUGAUAGAAGAAAAGCUCAGUCGCGUAUUUUGGCUGAAAGUGACGUUAUUUGUUCGACAUUGUCAGGGUCAGCGCAUGAUAUCAUGGCUUCUUUGGGAGUAAAGUUUGACACUGUGAUAGUAGAUGAAGCUUGUCAAUGUACCGAGCUGUCCAGUAUUAUUCCCCUAAGAUAUGGCGCUAAGCGCUGUAUUAUGGUUGGUGAUCCAAACCAGUUGCCGCCCACAGUCUUGUCGGGUGCGGCCAGCAAUUUCAAGUAUAACCAGUCUUUGUUUGUGAGAAUGGAAAAGCAGUGCUCUCCCCACUUGUUGAAUGUUCAGUACCGUAUGCAUCCUGCGAUCAGUAAGUUCCCCUCAAUCGAGUUCUACAAAGGGAAAUUGACUGAUGGACCAGAUAUGGAAACCAUCAACACUAGACCGUGGCAUUCCCGCCCGCCCUUGGGACCAUAUAAGUUUUUUGAUAUUGCAACGGGUAAGCAAGAACAGAACAAAAAGACCAUGUCUUUCGUUAACUUUGAAGAAUGCAAGGUUGCCAUCGAGCUUGUCGAAUAUCUUUUGAAUUCUUACGAGAAAAGCUUUGAUUUCAGUGGAAAAAUAGGUAUCAUCUCACCCUAUAGGGAACAGAUGCAAACUAUGAGGAGAGAAUUCAGAAGGUACUUUGGGAACACUAUUGCGGGCUACGUGGACUUCAACACUAUUGAUGGAUUUCAAGGUCAAGAGAAAGAGAUUAUCAUCAUUUCUUGUGUCCGAGCUGACGACACGAAAUCAGGUGUUGGGUUUUUGAAGGAUUUUAGGAGAAUGAAUGUUGCCUUGACAAGAGCCAAAACAAGCAUGUGGAUUUUGGGUCAUCACAGUUCCUUGUUCAAAAACAAACUUUGGAGGAAUCUCAUAACGGACGCAAAGGACAGAAACUGUCUGGAACUUGCGUGCUCGGGUUUCUUGAAUCCACAGAACAAGAAAGCGGCAAGGCUUUUGAAAGAUUACCAAAGUUCUCAUGAUCACAUUAUAGCUGAUGAUUACGAUCCCUUGGCGCCCAGCACAUUCAAUGAAAAGAACAGAAAGAACCACAGGGAGAAUGGGGCGCAUCAGAAUAAACGCAAUAAGCCCAAACAACAAUCAAAGCCAGAGAGAGGGGAACCAAAAUCAGGAAAUGCUCAGGCUAUAACUGGAACUAAGAAGAAGUCAUCCAUUUUUGGGGGCCCCUCUCUUGCUUCUGAAAUAAGUGUAAUAACGAGAGCUCCCACUGUUCACGCAAAUGCGCCUAAAGCUCCUACAAAAAGAUCAUCCGAUCAAGCGUCAGCAAAAGGAUUGGACAAAGCCACAACCCCUAAACGUGUAAGGUUUGAGGCAGAGGCCCAAACGAUCGGGGAAAGUAGCUAUAUCAUGCCUGAUUCUGAGAGUGGUCGAGCGAGUGUGAGCGAUGCAGGGCAACAAAGUAGUGAGAAAAUCAGUAUCAAGGAAUAUCAACUUGCUGCUUCGGAUGGAAAUACACACGAGAACCAUGCCGACGCAGACAGUGAUCAGGAUGGAUAUGAUCCUUCGGUUUCUCCUGUUGCGGGGCCAAAAGCUGCGGUCAAAAGGGAAAAUUUGCCCAAAGAAGGUAGCACGAAAGCUGAAAACGGGAUUCCUAAGCGCUCAAAGCCAGCCUCGAAUCCUUUCAUUCCAAAAAAGAGAAAACUGUUUUCAAGUAAAAAAUAG